GGGUGUGUAUCUUUUGUUCCCAAGUAAGUCAUUUACAAGAUGAGAGUCCCACUAAUAGAUUUCUUGAGAUUCUUAGUACUCAUUCUUUCUCUUAGUGGCCCUUUAGUUUCUGCAGAUGCAACGGCGAGGCAACACUUUAAUAGGUAUGAAACUGAUAACUACGGUUACACACCUCCUUCACCAAUUUAUGGUGCCCCACCCAGCUACCCAACACCACCAACACCAACUUACAGUCCUCCGAUAUAUCCACCACCAUUACAACAACCUCCGACACCAACUUAUAGUCCUCCUAUUAAACCACCACCGAUACAGAAACCUCCAACACCAACUUACAGUCCACCUGUUAAACCCCCACCGGUGCAAAUGCCUCCGACACCAACUUACAGCCCUCCGAUCAAGCCGCCACCGGUACACAAACCACCGACACCAUCUUACAGUCCUCCGGUCAAACCACCACCGAUGCACAAGCCUCCAACACCAACUUAUAGUCCCCCUGUUCAACCACCACCUGUGCAAAAGCCACCAACACCAACUUACAGUCCACCUAUCAAACCACCACCAGUACAAAAGCCUCCAACACCAACCUACAGUCCCCCGAUAAAGCCACCACCGGUGCAUAAGCCUCCAACACCAAUUUAUAGUCCUCCUAUCAAGCCACCACCAAUUCAAAAGCCUCCCACUCCUAUCUAUAGUCCCCCUAUAAAGCCACCGCCAAUACAAAAGCCACCGACGCCAAUAUACAGCCCCCCAAUCAAGUCGCCACCGGUUCAAAAGCCUCCCACGCCAACGUAUAGUCCCCCUGUAAAGCCACCUCCAGUACAUAAGCCUCCGACACCAACUUACAGCCCACCAGUCAAGCCACCACCAGUGCAAAAGCCUCCCACACCAACAUAUAGCCCACCUGUCAAGCCACCACCAGUGCAGAAGCCCCCGACACCAACAUACAGUCCACCAGUCAUGCCACCGCCAGUACAAAAGCCUCCGACCCCAACAUACAGUCCACCAGUCAAGCCACCACCAGUGCAAAAGCCUCCUACACCAACAUACAGCCCACCGGUCAAGCCACCACCAGUGCAGAAGCCCCCGCCACCAACAUACAGUCCACCAGUCAUGCCACCGCCAGUACAAAAGCCUCCGACCCCAACAUACAGUCCACCAGUCAAGCCACCACCAGUGCAAAAGCCUCCUACACCAACAUACAGCCCACCAGUCAAGCCACCACCAGUGCAGAAGCCCCCGACACCAACAUACAGUCCACCAGUCAUGCCACCGCCAGUACAAAAACCUCCAACUUAUAGUCCACCUAUUAAACCACCACCUGUACAGAAGCCUCCGACACCAACAUACAGUCCACCAGUUAAGCCACCGCCAAUACAAAAACCUCCAACACCAACUUAUAGUCCACCUAUUAAACCACCACCUAUACAGAAGCCUCCGACACCAACAUACAGUCCACCAGUCAAGCCACCGCCAAUACAAAAACCUCCAACACCAACUUAUAGUCCACCUAUUAAACCACCACCUAUACAGAAGCCUCCGACACCAACAUACAGUCCACCAGUCAAGCCACCGCCAAUACAAAAACCUCCAACACCAACUUAUAGCCCACCAGUUAAACCACCACCAGUGCAGAAGCCUCCGACACCUACAUACAGUCCACCAAUCAAGCCACCGCCGAUACAAAAACCUCUAACACCAACUUAUAGCCCUCCUGUUAAACCACCACUAGUGCAGAAACCUCCGACACCAACAUAUAGUCCACCAGUCAAGCCACCACCAAUACAAAAACCGCCAACACCAACUUAUAGUCCACCUAUUAAACCACCACCAGUGAAACCUCCGACGCCAACUUAUAGUCCACCAAUCAAGCCACCACCAGUGCAUCAACCUCCGACGCCAACAUAUAGUCCACCUAUAAAGCCACCACCAGUGCAUCAGCCUCCAACGCCAACAUAUAGUCCACCUAUCAAGCCACCACCAGUGCAUCAGUCUCCGACGCCAACAUAUAGUCCACCUAUCAAGCCACCACCAGUGCAUCAGCCUCCGACACCAACUUAUAGUCCACCUAUCAAGCCACCACCAGUCCAAAAGCCUCCAACUCCAACCUAUAGUCCUCCUAUAAAACCACCACCAGUACAAGUGCCUCCAACCCCAACUUAUAGCCCUCCUGUUAAACCACCACCAGUACAAGUGCCUCCAACCCCAACUUACAGCCCUCCUGUACAACCACCACCAGUACAAGUGCCUCCAACACCAACAUACAGCCCUCCCAUAAAACCACCACCAAUACAAUUGCCUCCAACACCUACUACUCCAUCGCCUCCACAAGGUGGAUACGGUACUCCGCCUCCAUAUGCAUAUGUAUUGCAUCCUGUAGAUGUAAGCAAUUAGAGAAACAAGUUACAAUAUAUAGAUAUUUCCUAAAUUAUGGCCAAAAAGGCUUUCUAUCACAGAGGAUGUGUAAGUUAAAGCUACAUAUGGUACUGCAUAUUAUGUGGUAAAAUAAAGAAAGUUUUAUAGUUGGUUGUUUAUAAAAAUGUUACAAUCGAGAUCCGUCUUGAUAUCUUAGAAUGGUAUGCCAUA